UUUAAUAGUUAAUUUAUGGUAUGAUGCUGUAAUUUAACAUUCGGUCGAUGAAUGGAGGAGAGGAUAUUUUAUAUUUAUGAAUUCUCAUACGUGUCAAAGACAGUUUGGGGGAAAAUUUUUAAUUCACAAUUAACCUAAAUUAAAGAGAGAUAAUAAUAAUCAAAUUGUGUUGAGUGUAAGUGCAUAUUCUGAAAUACUUGUUGUUGGUGACUAAGUACAUCUAUGUUAUGGAAGUUUAAUCCUAUUCAGAUAAAUAAUAUCAAUACCCCCUAUAAUUUGCUCAUUUUGAAGGAGGUAUUAUAUUUGCAGGUUUAUAUGCUAUGUGUAUUCAAUUUUUCUAUUAUUGUUGUUAUAAUAAAUAAUGAUUUACUUUGUUAGUAACAGGGGAUGUGAACAAAGAGGAGGAUCCAAGUGGAAGACACAGCCCUGACAAAGACCGUCCAAACACAUUCUCACACCAUGAAAUGGACGCAAUAAGUUCGACUGAUCCCUUAACAGGGGAUGUGAACACAGAGGAGGAUCCAAGUGGAAGACACAGCCCUGACAAAGACCGUCCAAACACAUUCUCACACCAUAAAAUGGCCACAAUAAGUUCGACUGAUCCCUGGGAUGUGAACACAGAGGAGGAUCCAAGUGGAAGACACAGCCCUGACAAAGACCGUCCAAACAUGUCUGAUCUGAGGAUAAUGCUGCUGGGGAAGUCUGGAGAACUGAAGAGCAAAGUGGGAAAUAUCAUCCUGGGGAGAGAGGCUUUUGCAACUGAGCCCUCCUUCUUUUCAGUAAAACAGCAGUGUGAGAGAGCCAGGGGACUGGUGGACGGGAGACAUGUGACUGUGAUCAACACUCCUGACUUACUGCAUCCCCAGAUCUCUCAGCUUGAAAUAGACAAGCAGAUUGAGUCGUGUGUCUGUCUGUCUGACCCUGGGCCCCAUGUGCUUCUGCUGGUGCUGCAGCCUGAGAGAUUUACUCAGAAUGACAGAAUGAGGAAUAUUCUGACCUCUUUGGGUGAUCAGGUCUUUAACUACACAAUGGUACUGAUCACCCAUGAAAGCAUAAAAGCAGAUAAUUGUAUUGAUGAACAAAGGGAUCUUAUCGAAAAAUGCAGAGGAAGGUAUCACAGGUUCGGCAAUAUAGACAAGACUGACCAUGCUCAGAUUAGUACAUUUAUGGAAAGAGUUAACAGAGUAGUGAAGGAGAACGAAGGAAGCUACCUCAUCUGUGAGACAUAUAAGGAGGCAGAAUCAGGUAUACAUUCAACACCAGUGACUGGAAGUGAGCAAGAUAUGGUGAGAGCAAAUAGCAAGAGAGAAGACCAGAAGACCCAGGAAGAAAAAAUGGACAUUUCCUAUAUACCCCAGCGGAGGAGAAGGAGUACUGAUGAACCCCCAACGAUGCCUGAGCUGAGGAUUGUCCUGCUGGGGAGGUCUGGAGAACUAAAGAGUAAAGUGGGAAACAUCAUCCUGGGCAGAGAGGUCCUUUCAGUAGGAGAUCAGUGUGAGAGGGCACAAGGUCUGGUGAAUGGGAAGCGUGUGGCUCUGAUCAACACUCCAGACUUACUGGACCCUGAGCUCCCUGACAGGAAAUUAUUCUAUCAGAUAGAGAGAUGUGUUACCCUGUCUGCCCCAGGUCCUCAUGCACUUCUGCUGGUGCUGGAGAAGGUGGGGUUUACAAACGAUGAUAGAAAAAGACUGAAGAAAAUCCUGUGCUCUUUCAGUGACGAGGCCUUUACGUAUUCAGUGGUACUGGUGACAGAGAAGAGUAAAGGUGUUUUUAACAUUAAGGAUCCUUUUAACCUCAGUAAGAGUCCUGUUCAUAAAGUUGUUGAGAAGUGUAGUCAAAGGUGUCACGCAGUGAACACCAAUGAGACUAAUUGCACCCAGGUUACUGAAUUAAUGAAGAAAAUAGAGAAGAUGGUGGAGGAGAAUGGAGGAGGUUUUCUCAGCUGUGAGAUAUUCAAGGAGCCAGAAUCAGCUGCGCUAGGAGCGAUAGAGAGCUCACUGAUGGGGACUGAACAGAAGAUGGAGAGGAAGCAGAAACCACAGGCACGGACUAGAGAACAACAGCGAAUGGAAGUGGCUGUGGCUGACAGACUGAACUUGAUGUUGUUUGGGAGCAGUGUAGCUGGGAAGACUUCUGCAGGAAACGCCAUCCUGGGACAGAGGGGGUCCAGUGUGGAUCCCAGCCCCUCUUCAGUGUGUGAGAGGAAAGAGGGAGAAGUGUGUGGUCGCCUGGUUACCGUGGUGGAAAUGCCAACUCUGUGUGAAUCACAGCUCACUGCAUCCACUGUGUCUCGCCUCUUUACCUCUCUCUGUGGCCCUGGAGUUCAUGCCUUCCUCCUGGUCAUACCAGCUGCUCCCCUCACUGAUGAAGACAAGGCAGAAAUAACAGGGAUUCAGGAGAUAUUUGGCUCAAGAGUGACUGAUUACAUGAUGGUCCUUUUUACCCAUGAAUAUCCAGAUGCUCAACCUGUUCGUGACUUUCUGCAGCAGAAUGAAGAUACUCAGGAGCUUCUAAUGUGUGGCAACAGGUUCUGCUUUUUCAACAACCAAGACAUUGUGAAUGACCCAAUAGUUCCAGAGCUUCUGAAUGCUAUAGAGGAGAUUAAUAGAGCAACAGAAAGCUGCUUUUCCCUGGAUAUGUAUUGGGAGGCACAGCUGGAGAAGAAGGACAGGAAAAUCAGAGAAUUAGAAGAAGCUAUUAAGGACAAAUCACUGGAUGCUGAGAAUAAAGAUCAGAUCUCUGACUGUGUAAGGAUAGUGCUCGUGGGGAAGACAGGAAGUGGGAAAAGUGCCACAGGAAACACCAUACUGCAGAGGAAGGAAUUCAAGUCUGAGCCCAGUUCAUCAUCAGUGACAACCCGCUGUAAGAAAAGCUUAGGAAAAGUAGCAGGCAGGCAUGUUGCUGUAGUUGACACACCAGGUCUCUUUGACACAGAAGCUACUCAUGAGGAGGUCCAGCAGGAAAUAGCCAAAUGCAUCUCCUUUUUGGCCCCAGGACCUCAUGUGUUUCUCCUAGUUCUACAGGUUGGAAGAAUCACAAAGGAGGAAAAGGACACAUUGCAGCUCAUUAAGAGUACCUUUGGUAAAAUGGCUGAAAUAUUCACCAUAGUCAUAUUCACAAGAGGGGAUGAUCUUAUUGAAUCAAUUGAAAAAUACAUUCAAAAAGGUGGCUCUACAAUACAAAAUCUUAUUCAAGACUGUGGAAACAGGUUUCAUGUCUUCAAUAAUAAAGAAGAGAACAAUCACAAUCAAGUGUCUGAACUGCUGGAUAAGAUAGACAUGAUGGUGAAGAAGAACGGAGGUGGCUACUACACCAAUGAGAUGUUCCAGGAGGCAGAACUAACCAUUAAAAAAGAGUGUGAAAGAAUACUGAGAGAGAAGGAGGAAGAGAUGCAAAGAGAGAAAGAGGUGCUGAAGGCAAAACACGAAGAGCAGGUGAAAAAAAUGCAGAACAGGAUGGAAGAGCAGAGACUUCAAGAAGAGAAUGAAAGAAAACAUCGGGAAAAAGAGCUAAAAGACAAAGAAGAACAUUUAAGGAAAGAGCGUGAAGAGUGGGAAAAAAGAGAGCAGGAGGAAAAAGAAAGAAGAGAUGAGGAAGAGAAAAAGAAAAAGGAAAAACAAGAAUUAGAGUGGAAGAGGGAAAUGGAUAAGAUAGAGAAAGAGAGAACUAGAAUGGAAGAGGAGUGGAAAUGUAGGGAAGAUGAGGAAAAAAAGAGGGUAGAAAGAGAGGAGAAACAGAGACAAGUGAUGGUAGAAGAACAAAGAAGAGAAAGGGAGAAAUUUGAGCAAAAGCAAGCAGAAGAAAAGAAAAAGAGUGAUAGAGAUGAGCAGGAGAGGAAAAACCGUGAGAAGAGAGAAAGAAGGGAGUGGGAACAGAAAAUGAAAGACACAGAAAAAGAGAAAAAAGAGAUACAAGAAGACAUGAAGAAAAAAGCUGAGGAAUGGGAACAGGAAAGAAAAACAGAACAGAUAAAGAAAGAGGAAGAAGAGAAGAAAAGGAAACAGAAAGAAGAGCAAGAGACAAGAGAGUGGGAUGAGAAACAAAAGAAAAUGAGGGAUGAGUUUGAGAAAGAAAGGGAACAAGAAAGACAAAAGAGAGAAAAGGAAAGGAAAGAUAAAGAGGAAAUUGAGAGGGAUCUUGAAGAAAAGAAAAGGCAGUUGAAAAAACAAGAAGAGGAAUGGGACAAGGAAAGAAAUGCAGAGAGAGAGAAAAGAAAUAAAGAGGAUGAGCAGAGAAGAGAGGAGGAGAGGAAAAAGAUAGCACAGCUGCAGGAGGAAUUUGAGAGGGAACGAGAAGCAGAAAACCAGAAGAGAAAGAAGGAUGAUCAGGCCAGGAGAGAAAAAGAAGAAAAAGAACGUACAGAAAUGGAAGAGGACUAUGGAAGAAGAUUUGAUGAAAUGAAGGGGA